AUUCUAUUCCGAUUUGUUUCCAACUUCAAUUUAAUUGCGUAAACAAACUGAGGGAUAAUUCUGAACCAACGCGACCUUAGAGAGAACAACAGAGGCCAUAUCUGCUGCAGAAGAAUUCUGUGUCAUCCAGUUUUCAGCACAAGCAUUGUUAAUUGCGAUGCCUUCAGGAAGAACACGAGCACGGUUGAAUUCGCAAACAUGGUUUCUUCAUCACCACUUCAAUAUCAGGGAUUAUUAGAGCCCUCUCAGGCUACGGUGAGUGCCACUCCAUAAUUUUGUGUUUUCGCACAUGCACGUCUUAUCAUUUGGAUGGAGCUCUCUACACUCCCCUUGAAUCUUCUCGCUUCUCCUCCUUCUACUUCUUCUUCUUCAUUUGUCAACUUCUCUUCCCAUUCUCUGCGCUUUCUGGUUCUUCAGCGCCGAACCAACUGUUCGAACUCUUUCAGAACUCUCAAAAUUAAACCCUGUCGUUGUUGUCACGCGACCCAAGUCGAAGCUCUACAAACCGAACCAGCCAAGGUAGUCCACGAGUUCACAAGGAAGAAGAGAAAGCCCAGACCAAGCUUCUCCGAGCAAAUUCGAGACAAAUGGUCUCGUAAAAUCGUAUCUCCGAGAGAUAAAUUUCCGUGGCAGAUGGAAAAACUGCAAGAGAAGGUAGAACAGGAAGAAGUUGAAUGCAAUCAGUCUUCUGGGGUUCUCGUCUUCGAGUCUGAAGGUCACGGGAACUCGUCAUCGGCUGAGCCGAUGAGUUUUACCCUUGCGAAUCGUCCAGUUAGAGCUCCUUGGGAUCAUGGAGGUAAAACCCAAAAACCCCAGUUUGAUUCUGAAAUUAAAAUUCCGCAAAAUGGCCACGAACAAGGCAGGGGUACUGGUGGUUUUUUGGUGGAAUCUGACAACAACGAUAGGGAGUAUGAUUAUAAUGAUAAAGUUAAGACAGAAAUUAAAGAUGACACAACCCCAAUUGGAUUAUACACAAGCAAGCCGAGGUCAGAUUUUAGUGUUGUUAGUGAUGUUUCUUUGGCUGAUAGUAGCGGCAUUAAAAGGGUACUUGAUUAUAAUGAUGAAGUUAAGAAAGAUAUUAAAAUUGGUACCACCCCAGUUGGGUUCUUGGAAAACAAGCAGACUUCAGAUUUUGGGGAUGCUAAUGGGGUUAAUUUGACUGAUAUAUUUGAUCGUGACAUUGGUUUGGUUGAUCUACAGUUGAAGGGGACAGUUUUGGAGUCAAGGGGAGAGGUUCGGGGGAAGAGGAGCAAUACGAAGUUAGCUGAGAGUACAAUCCCUGACCACGAACUGCAGAGGCUUAGAAAUGUUUCUUUGAGAAUGUUAGAGAGAACAAAGGUUGGAUCCGCUGGCAUUACACAAGCAUUGGUGGAUUCUAUACAUGAGAAGUGGAAGGUGGAUGAAGUGGUGAAACUGAAAUUUGAAGGGCCUUCUGCCGUUAACAUGAAAAGGAUCCAUGAGAAUUUAGAGCGCAGAACUGGAGGUUUGGUUAUAUGGAGAUCUGGCAGUUCAGUGGUGCUGUACAGGGGAAUGUCCUAUGAGCUUCAUUGUGUAAAACAAUAUGCAAAACAAAGUCAAGCUUACAUGGAUAUUUCACAACCUUCAAGAGAUUUGGAGAGUGAUGCUAAUUGGAGGACAGGAGUGGAAGACUUCGUCAGUGCCAAAGAAUCACCCGUCUCUGCUUUUGUGGGAUAUACAAAGCAACCACCUGAAGAACUUGUGGAUAUAGUUGAGUUCAAUCAAUUGCUAGAUGAUUUGGGUCCAAGGUUUAAAGAUUGGUCUGGUCGUGACCCAGUGCCUAUUGAUGCGGAUUUGCUUCCUUAUAUGGUUCCUGGAUAUAAACCACCAUUUAGACUUCUCCCUUACAGGGUGAGACAUUGUGUAGGAAACAAGCAGAUGACACGCUAUCGUAGGCUUGCAAGAAGAAUGCCUCCACAUUUUGCCCUGGGAAGGAACAAAGAACUCCAAGGUCUGGCUGUGGCUAUGGUUAAGUUAUGGGAAAAAAGUGCCAUUGCGAAGAUAGCCAUCAAACGCGGUGUGCUGAAUACUUGUAAUGAGAGGAUGGCAGAAGAAAUCAAGAAAUUGACAGGGGGGACGCUACUCUCUAGAAACAAAGAUUAUAUUGUCUUUUAUAGGGGCAAUGACUUUUUGCCACCUGCUAUUACAGAGACAUUGAAAGAGAGGCAGAAACUAACUGAUCUCCUACAAGAUGAGGAAGAGCUAGCACGGAAGAAGGCCUCAGCUUUGUCUGAAUCAAAUUCCAAAAACACCAAGGGCCUUUUAGUAGCUGGCACCUUUGCUGAAACUAUGGCUGCUGCAUCUCGCUGGGGAAACCAGCUGAGCAGCGAAGAAAUAGAGAAAAUGAGGAGAGAUUCCUCUUUGGCUAGACAUGCUUCACUUGUCAGAUAUAUGGAGAAGAAGCUUGAUUUAGCAAAGAGGAAGAUCAGAAAGGCGGAAAAGGCUUUAGCAAAAGUGCAGGAGUGUCUAGAACCAGCAGAGCUCCCGACAGAUCUGGAAAUGAUUACUGAUGAGGAGAGAUUUUUAUUUCGCAAAAUUGGGUUGAGUAUGAAACCCUAUUUGCCUCUGGGGAGGCGAGGAGUUUAUGAUGGGGUUGUAGAAAAUAUGCACCUGCACUGGAAGUUCCGGGAAGUGGUCAAGAUACUAGUCAAGAGAAAAAAUUUCGCACAAGUUAAGCAUAUUGCUAUUUCUCUUGAGGCAGAGAGUGGUGGAGUGCUAGUUUCUUUAGAUAAGACUAUCAAAGGUUAUGUUAUUAUUAUCUAUCGGGGGAAGAAUUAUCAACGUCCUCUUGCAUUGAGGCCUAAGAAUCUAUUAACAAAAAGACAGGCAUUUGCUCAGUCAGUUGAACUCCAGAGACGUGAGGCAUUGAAGCAUCAUAUCUUGGACUUGCAGGAAAGAAUUGACUUACUGAAGUCUGACCUUGAAGAAAUGGCAACUGUCAAAGAGAUUGAUGAAAAAACCUUUUAUUCAAGAAUGAAUGAUGCUUCUUCUUCUGAUGAUGACACUGUUGAUGUAGGAUGAAGAUGAAGAGGCAUAUCUUGAAAUAUGUGAGUCACAAUGAGGAUAGUCAUGUCAAGGAGGAGGGCCUCUUGCUUACAAGAGAAUCAAUGUAGUUCUAUCCACUGAUUGGAGCUUAGAAGACAAAGCACUGGGACGUGUGGGAAAAAACACUUAUGGUCCACUUGACAAAUGGAUGGGAUGAGAACAUGAAAGUGACCUAUAGAGACACAUGCCUAAAAAGGCUUUUCUAAUGCUUAUUAAUGGGAAAGUCAGAGGAUGAAGUGAAUCUAGCAUGUUUCUACUUGUGGCAUGGGUUUUAUAUGAUGGAUCAUCAAUCCCUGGCACUACUGCAACAGAUCAGAAAAUUGAAAUGUUUACGUUAGACCUAUCUGAUAAUUUUAAACUGCUUUUUGAGUAAUGCUGUAUGCACUUAAAUGAUUGCAUGCACUAAUUAUCCUGCGAUUCAGUUUCUCUCAUGAUAUCGAUUGUCCAAAGGCAGAUUAGGCUCUUUUGAUCAAAUUUUUUUUUCUUCCCUUUUUGGGUUCAGCCCGACACUGCAUCAGUUUGUAUCUCUGAAAUUCCUUAUUUAUGUUUGUUUAUCAGAACCACACAAAGAUAUUCCCGCAUGGCUGCAUAUCAUGGAAUUUGUUUGUGGAGGAAAACAAGCAUUGGUCGUAUUUCAAUUUAAUGUCCCAUAGUUAAUCUCCUAAA